AAAGGUCUCCAAGGGUAUAAAAGGAGGCAUGUAGAGUAACUUGAGAAUAUCUUUUAAAGUUGUGCAAAGUCUUUUUUAAUGGUUUGAAUCUUUAACUUAUCUCCAGACCAACAAGACGAUGGAAUACUAUUUUUUGCCGUAUUGUUUCCUAUUUCUUGCGCACGUUUCCGCAUUGCCACCAAGAGAAGCGUGUCUCCUACAAGUGGAUGAAGGACCUUGUCGUGCUGACUUACAGCGUUACUACUACAACACAAUCACACAACAAUGCGAAGAAUUUAGUUAUGGUGGGUGCUUAGGAAACGGCAACAAUUUCAUGACUUUUCAAGACUGCAAGAAAACAUGCUGGAAGAUACCAAAAAUUCCCAAGAUCUGCAGGUUCGGGAAGGACCCGGGCCCUUGUCGGGCACUUUUUAAGAGAUACUUCUUCAACAUGACCUCCAUGCGGUGUGAGGAAUUCCAUUAUGGCGGCUGCAAAGGCAACAACAACCGAUUCACUGAUCCAGUUGCCUGCAUGGAGUACUGUGAACCUCAUAAAACAAUCCCUGCCCUCUGCCUAGGGCCACUGGAUAAGGGGUCUUGCGCUGCAUCCAUACCACGGUAUUACUAUAAUGCGGCCUCCAAGUCCUGUGAGGAGUUUCUGUAUACAGGAUGUGGAGGGAGCGGCAACAACUUUAUCACGAGGGGAACUUGCACAGAUGUGUGUGUGAAAGGAAGGAAGGCACUGAAAUACAAUUCAAGCUCAGUAAAGAUGCGAAUACCAGUCAGAAGAAAAUUAUUUGGGGCCAGUGGGUUAAGGGGUUAAUUGUUUUUAUUUUAUUUUAUGUCCCUGAAUUUAUACUGACCAAAUGCUUACAGCAUGGAUUUUAACACGUUUAUAUACACCAUAAGUGUUAGUUAUUUUGGCAUUGUAAUGCAAUUUCCUGUAGUUAUUUUUAAAACAAAAUACCUAAGCACUACUUGCACUAUAUUUGACUGCAACACAAAAUGUUGGACGUAUGUGUUGGACUUUUGUUUGAGCUUUAUAAUGGUAAAACAUUAUGACUUGUUUGAUACUUUAUCAAAUGUGAUCAUUUAUAAUAUUUGCUUACAGCAUAUUUGUAUUUUAUUUGUGUGUUGUGUAUCUUCUGACAGUGUGUUAUUCCACACACAUUUAUAAAGCACAAGCACAACAUUAAUAUUUAAUGUACAUAACUUGUUUAUUUUCAAAAUCCAUGUAGAUAAAAUUUAUUUUUCCACAUUGCAUACAGUGCUAUAUGGUAAUGUAUUCAAAAAUAAUUCUGCAAGUGCAUACUUUGGAUUCCUUAUUAAAGCCAGUUAUUUUUA